AUGAUGAAUUUGAUUGAUGAUGAUAUAGUACUACCAAAAACAAUAAAAAAAUUGAAUGCAUUAAAUAUGCGACAAAGAUGGUCUUUAUAUUUCCGUUGGGUAAAAGAAACAAAAGAUAUGUUUGACCCAAAAAUAAUAAAUUGUGAACAAAAGUAUACUCAAGUUUAUAAGCAAUAUGCUGAAUUAAGAGAGUUGGAAAACAUAGAGCUUCUAAAUAAGAUGCAUGUAAUAGCAUUAACUACUACUGGUGCUGCUAAACAUAGAAUAAUGUUGGAGGGAUUAGAGUCACCUAUUGUGGUCGUUGAAGAAGCUGCCGAAGUUUUGGAGGCGCACAUUGUCUCUUCUUUAACAAGUCACUGCCAACAUCUAAUAUUAAUAGGUGACCAUAAGCAACUACGUCCUAGUAAUGCAGCUUACAAAUUGGCGAAAGAUUUUAAUUUUGAUAUUUCAUUGUUUGAACGUAUGGUCAAUAAUGCAUCUCUUAUAAGUCCAUCAAUAUACAAUGAAUUGAAAAAUCAUAUUUCUGUUAACAAUAGAAAACACAUCCGUGGUGUUACUAAAGAUGUAUUCUUCCUAAAUCAUAAUUUAUAUGAAAAUGAAGUUGAGGAAAUUUCAAGCAAAAGUAAUGAUCAUGAAGCUAGAUUUUUAAUUAUGUUUGCUAGACAUUUAAUUUUACAAGGAUACAAAACUGAUCAAGUGACAAUAUUAACGACUUACAGUGGUCAAUUAUUUAAAAUUCGUUCAUUAAGAAAAAUACAUCCAAUGUUAGAAGACAUGAAAAUCACUGUGGUAGAUAAUUAUCAAGGUGAAGAAAGUGAUAUAAUAUUGUUAUCACUAGUCAGAAGUAAUGAAAAGGGAAAUGUAGGAUUUUUAAAAACUGAGAACAGAAUAUGUGUUGCAUUGUCAAGAGCAAAGUAUGGACUUUACAUAAUGGGUAACAUGGAUAAUUUGUAUAAUUCUGGUAAUUUGUGGAAACAAAUAAAAGAAACUUUAGUAAAUCAGGGUGAUGAAUUGACUUUAGAAUGUGCAGUUCAUUCUGGUAUUAUGACAAAGGUUGUAAAAAGUGAAGAUUUUGAUAUUAUUAAGGAAGGUGGUGGUUGUUCUAUGAUGUGUAAAUCAUUGCUAUUGUGUGGUCAUUAUUGUACAAGAAUGUGUCAUUCUAAUGACCGUGAGCAUUUGGAAUUUAAAUGCAUGGAGCCGUGUGACAAGUUCUGUGAUUAUAACCAUCCAUGUAAAAAAAAAUGUUUUAUGGAUUGUGGAAAGUGCGCUUUCCCAUUAGUCAAACUGUUACCAUGUGGUCAUAAAUUGACAUUAUCGUGUUUUGUUGAUAUUCUUACUUAUCCAUGUGAAGAAAUGGUGGAAUUAGUCCUAGAAAAAUGUGGUCAUACAAUUUUGAAAAAAUGUCAUGAUCAAAAACCAUACUGUUCAUAUAAAUGUAUAGAUCUGUUAGAAUGUGGUCAUGCUUGUGAAAAAAAUUGUCACAAAAAUGAUGAUCCAGAACAUGAGGAGUAUAAAUGCUCAAAACCUUUUCAGGAAAUUCUACCUUGUGGACACACAAAGAAGGAUGUGCCUUGUGGAUUAAAUGUUCAUGAAAUUAAAUGUAUUCUUCCAUGUGAUCGUCCAUUAAAAUGCGACCAUAAGUGCCAAUCUAAAUGCUAUGAAAAAUGUAAACCUUGUGAAAAUCAAGUAACAAAAGUUAUACCAGACUGUGGCCAUACAAUUACAAUGAAAUGUAAAACUAUACCAGAACGUAUGCUUUGCACUAAGAAAUGUGAACGAAUAUUAGAUUGUGGGCAUAUUUGUAAAAAUGUAUGUGCAAAAGAUUGCAGUACUAAAGAUUGCAAGGAAAUAGUGUUGCAAAAAAAUAGCUUACUUGCUUGUGGUCAUAAUAGAGUUUGGGUUUUAUGUUGUGACAAGGAUAAAGAAUUCAAACUGGACAGCCAAUAUAUACUUGAUAAGUGUCGUGAACCAUGUCUACAAAAAUUAAAUUGUAACAAUAUUUGUUUGGGAACAUGUGGAGAAUGUAAACAAGGGCGCAUACAUGUACCUUGUAGUGAAAUUUGUAGCAAGAUAAACCCAUGCAAUCAUACAUGUAAAUUCCCCUGUAAGGAACGAUGUCUACCUUGUAAUCAAAAAUGCAUCUAUUCAUGCUUGCAUUCUAAAUGUAAUCGUCUGUGUGGUAAUGCAUGUGUACCUUGCGAGGAAAAAUGUGAGUGGAAGUGUCCACAUUUGAAAUGCACCAGGAAAUGUUAUGAAAUAUGUAAUCGAAAACCUUGUUAUAAGCCUUGUACGCUCAAGUUGAUAUGUGGGCAUGAGUGUAUAGGAUUUUGUGGUGAACCUUGUCCCCCUCUAUGCCGUAUUUGUCAAAGAGUUGAAGUUACUACAAUAGUUUUUGGCAAUGAAGAUGAUCCAAAUGCAAGGUUUGUUUAUUUAGAAGAUUGUGAACAUAUUAUAGAAUCUGAAGCAUUAAGAGAUUGGAUGAACCUAAAUGAUGAAGAUAUAUGUUUGAAACAGUGUCCAUUAUGUAAAAUACCUAUUUUAAAAACCCAACGUUUCAUGAACCAUGUAAAAGUGAUAUUAGAAGACAUAUCAAAAAUAAAAAUAAAACAGUAUGGAGAAGUAGCUGCAAUUCGCGGCAAAACGAAAACAAUAAUGGAUUCCUUAAAAUAUUUUAAUAAUAAUUUUGUUUUUAAUUAUAUUGAUGAUGAUAGAUGUGAUAGUAUCAAACCAUUAUGGGAUAAAUUUUGCAAGCCUUUAUUACGGUUUUCGGAUAGUAAACGUUCAAAGUUCCUUUUACCUGCCAAUGAUAUUGAAUCAUUAAAUUUUGUCAUUGAUUUGUUCAAAACUACUUCAAAGUAUAAAUAUAGAAUUAAUAAAUUCAAUGAUAUCCAAAGAAAACAAACUAUUAUUAAUCACUUUGAUUGGAUUCUUUCUGUUGCAUUCACUUAUGCACAGCAGUUGUCAAAUCAGCAAAAAUUUGAUAUUAACAUGGAGAUGGCGCGUGGUGCUAGGAUUGUGAGUUUAUUUGAGAUUUUGUCCAAUUCAAAAUUUCAGAAGGCACUUGAUAUGGAUAGUUCUUAUGCGAUUCAGUUAAAAGUUAUAAUAGGCAAAAUGGAAGCUCUAUUAAUGUCUUGUAAAAUAUAUACUGUUGACAGAGAUAUAGAAAUAAAAAAAAAUACUGAGUUAAUUUAUGAUAAAUUUGAUGGAAUGGAAGUUAUAACUGUUGAAGAAAGACAGAUAAUUCAUGAUGUUAUAUGUCCACCAGUUUUUCGAAAUGCAUUAAAGCUCAAGGGCAUUGGCCAGUCUGUUUGUCCUGAAUGUAAAGUAUAA